UGUAUAAGCUUGCAGAAUACAACGAAGUCAGAGAGAGAGAUGUUUCUUUGGUGAUGGAGGGCUUGAAGGAGUGGUCAAAGGAAUAUGAAGCAGAAGCUAAGUAUCUAGAGCGCCUUCUCUCAGAAGAGCUGGGUGUUUCCACACAAAAGCUGUCCAGGAAAGGUGCCAUGUAUCUGGAUGCCCUGGUAAGCAGUGCAAUGACACUUGAAACGAAGGACACUUCUCUUGCCAGCUUCAUCGGUGCCAUCAAUGAAAGGACAUCCGAACUCUAUACAAUAGAAUUGGAAAACAGAAAAAUGGAACUGGAAUUGAAAAAUCUCAUGGAAAAAAUGCCUACAGCACUGAAGCUGCAAACUCAGUUAGAAAAGGAUCUUGAAAGUACACAGGAACUUAUCAACGUAAAAAAAGCCCAAGCUGAUCGCAGAUCCCAGGACAUGCAGUUCCUGCAACUUAAAAAACAAGAGUUAAAGGGAAGGAUCGAAGCUGCUGAGAUGGAGCUUGCUGCCACAGGAUUUGACAUGUCACUGUCACACAAGUCACUGGUGAGCCUGGCUCAGAAACUGGAUAGACUGCAGAAAGAUCUUGUGCCACUGAAGAAAAAAGUGGAAAGCUACCGAGAUUUACCUGCUAAUAUUCCACUUGCAAAAGUGAAGGUUGAAGAAUUAAAACAAGAACUGAAUUACUUGAAGGAAAAGUUCUCCAAGGAGCUUGAAGAGUUGACCUGUGACAUACAAAUACCCAGCAAAUUCUAGUGAAGUGGCCUGCAUGGAAGAAGAUUUCCCUUCUAUUUUCUAUUUGCACUAGUAAAAGAUUUUUGAAUUAUUGUUGUACUUCUGCAGCUUUCUGUCUUACUUUUCUUGCUGUUCGAUGGCACACUUGCAACCUUCCAGUAAGCAUGCUCGUUUUUAGGAAUUCAUGUACCUUUGUACACAAUAACAAUACCUAUUUCUCAUAAAACAAUAAACAAUACCUAUUGUAAACAAUAUAUAUUUCUCAUAAAAUAACACCCUGAACUUAC